UGUGACGUCACGUUUAGUAUAUUUCCAUGCUUGACAAGGACUCGCACACCGAAAUCUGACCUGCUCUAACGCCGAACAUCGGAUAAAAACCCAAGCCCCAAGCCCCACAGACACACGACACGCCCCAAGACGCUCCCGAACUACAUUUCACCUUGUUCUGACGCAACCACACCAGGAUGAGGUCACUGAUUUUCCAGUUGGGUCGCAGCCUGAGGAGCUCGGCGCCGCUCGGCGCCCUCCGUGGGGUCCACUCGGCGGCGAGUCCCGGCGUCACGCGCAAGAUGGAACAGGCGCUCACCCCCGAGGAGAUUUACGCCCGCGAGGAGAAGUACGGCGCGCACAACUACCAUCCCCUGCCUGUGGCGCUGCAGCGAGGCGAGGGAAUCUUUGUUUGGGACGUUGAAGGCAGCCGCUACUUUGACUUCCUGAGCGCCUACAGCGCCGUCAAUCAGGGCCACUGCCACCCCAAGAUCAUUGCAGCCCUCACCGCCCAAGCCUCCACGCUCACGCUGACCUCCCGAGCUUUCUACAAUGACGUGCUGGGCGCCUACGAGGAGUACGUCACCACCAUGUUUGGCUAUGACAAGGUCUUACCCAUGAACACCGGUGUGGAAGGCGGCGAGACGGCCUGCAAGCUGGCUCGGAAGUGGGCCUACAAUGUGAAGGGAGUCCCCAAGAACAAAGCCAAAAUUAUUUUUGCCGAUGGAAACUUCUGGGGCCGCACCCUGGCAGCCAUCUCCAGCUCUACUGACCCCAGCAGCUACGAAGGCUUUGGCCCUUUCAUGCCCGGAUUUGACCUGGUCCCCUUCAACGACAUUCCCGCACUUGAGAAAGCCCUGCGAGACCCGCACGUCGCCGCUUUCAUGGUGGAGCCCAUCCAGGGCGAGGCGGGCGUGCUGGUGCCCGACGACGGCUACCUGACCCAGGUCCGAGAGCUGUGCACACGGCACAACGUGUUGUGGAUCGCCGACGAGGUGCAGACAGGUUUGGCGCGUACCGGGCGGCGUCUGGCCGUGGAUCAUGAGCAAGCACGUCCGGAUAUUGUCAUUCUGGGAAAAGCGCUUUCGGGAGGAGUUUACCCUGUCUCUGCGGUGCUGUGCGACGAUGAGGUCAUGCUGACCAUCAAGCCCGGGGAGCACGGGUCCACGUACGGCGGGAACCCCGUCGCCUGUCGGGUGGCCAUCGCUGCCCUCGAGGUAUUGGAGGAGGAGAAGCUGGCAGAGAACGCCGAGCGGCUGGGACGGCUGCUGCGCUCGGAGUUAAGGAAGCUGCCGUCCGACAUUGUGACCGCGGUGCGGGGCAAGGGCCUACUCAACGCCGUCGUCAUCAAACAAACCAAAGAAUACGACGCGUGGAAGGUGUGCCUGCGCCUCCGCGAUCACGGCCUGCUGGCGAAGCCCACCCACGGCGACAUCAUCCGCCUGGCCCCGCCCCUUACCAUCAACGAGCCUCAGCUGAGAGAGUGCAUCGACAUCAUCCACAGAACCGUCGCGGCGCUCUAAAAAGUCCAACUAGCAGCCAUGUGGCUUUGCUUUCGUUUUCGGUGAGUCGUGCCCCCCUUUUUUUCUUUUUGUCCCCCCCAACCCUCAUUACGUUUUUACGGGCGCAAGGGCAGGAAAAGAGGUCAAGUGAAUUCCAUUCCUUCCACCGUAUGAACAUCUAUUUAAAUGAAAACAUUUUUGCACAAUGAUAAUGCCACCUAGUGGUGUUGAAGACCUGCUGUUCUAAUUCAUUGUUUAAAAUAAAAUUGAAAAAUAUUUUACUACUUGUCCUUCAAAGAUUGAAACGGCGGCAUGAACCUGAAAGUUUUUUGGGGACUAUGAAGGUGUGCAAGGGGUGCACACAGAAGCACGUCGAGGAGCAGAAUUUAAAAGUUGUUUUUCUUGAAUAGUCAUCUCAUUCUGGUGGAUGGCGCUUUUAAGUGAGCAGAACAAGGGUUGCAUCUUACUUUCUUUUCCAAAGCCAGGCUUUGUUAUGUGCAAGGAAAAAAAUGCAAUAAAUUAUUGCAGCCA